AUGAAAUUAUUGACCUUGACCGUUCUCCUUGCGAUCGUCUUGUUGUUGAUCGUAACCAGCGAUCCAUCUCGAGUAAACGGCAGCAAGACCCACAACACACUGAGUGCUGAGACACUUGGCUUGCUUGGUGAAGUGAGCCAGAAGGCCAAGUUUAUUGCUUCGAUCUUUGCACCUGCAAAUUAUGCUUACAAUGGAUUGAUUACACCAUAUUCCAAAUCACUCAAGACAAUUAAAGCCAAGGUCACUUUGACAGAUGUAAAAUUGGCAGCAGAAAUUGCAGCAAAUUAUGGAUCACAGGAACUAUCAACAGUUCAAGGAUACAAGUUGGUUAAGAAUUUUGUGAAUGCUGCUAAAGCAACCAAUUGUAAAGUAUAUUUCAAUUCUGCUACCAAGUCAGCAAUUGUUUCUUUUAAAGGAACACAAAUGAAUGAUCCAGUUGACUGGGCCAAUAACUUGAAAACAGCCUUCUCUAGUUUUCAAAUUGGAAGUUCAGCAUAUGCUGUUCAUACAGGAUUCUUGAGUGAAUAUUUAGUUGAUCGUCAAAACAUUUUCGACACUAUCAAAUCUCUUGGAUUACUCAAUGAAAUUGGAUUUUAUGGACAUAGUCAAGGAGGUUCUCUUUCUGAAUUGGCUGCUGUUGAUUAUUUAGGAUCAGGUAAAAGACCAGAAACAAAGGCUACCAUCAAGGUUGUUACUUUUGGUCAACCAAGAGUUGGAGAUGCCAAUUUUGCUGCUAAGUCCAAUCAAGUUAAUCCAAAUUUCGUUAGAGUUAUCACUAAAUGGAAAGAAUUACUUGGACCUCGUCAAGAUAUUGUUCCAAUCUCUCUACCAGUUGGAGCUGGUUACAGACAUGCUGGUCUUCAAUUGGAAGUUCAAUGUGUUAACAGUGAUUUUAUUAAUUGUCACUUGAUGAAAGGGUAUUCCAAGUCAAUGAAUCAAUAAAAGUGAUAAAUGGAC